CAGUAUAUUUAGCGUUCAAUGACGAGAUUCAGACUGGGAAGGACAGCUGUCCGUGUCGAAGAAGCCCCAUGGUACACGAGUCGGACGCCUGGCCUCGAUGCCCUUGUCGUUUCUCCAUUUGUGAAUUCUACGAAUGCUCGCUACAUAAAUCUGCGCGCCUAUCCGAGUGCUUAUUCGCGCUGCGUUGGUGAAGUGCGCCGCGAAGUGUGGGGGAGGAUCAAGAUGUCGGAGUCGGGAGUCCCUCUCGACCGUCUCUUCACAUCUGAUGGGCAGGGCAGAGUAUUCUCGCUUGUACCAGAACCACGCUCCCUCGUCUCCCUUCAGCGGGCCCACUUCGGUCCUGGGGCCAUACCGAACACCCUCGCAGACAUACCUUGCACUACUGUAAACACCACAGAGCUGCUGAAUCUACUCAACGAUGUCUUCGGGACCGGCUACUCACUAGACAAGCCGGGGCUAGAGCAGUGUCUCGAUCACUUCCUCCGCACCUCGCAAGACUUCGGCCAAGUGUACGGCUCUCUGCGAAGCUGCUGGAAAUGGAGAUGGUGCUUUACACGGCUCCUCUCUGACCUUGCUGAAGAGCGAACAGAGGACGAAGCGACCCGGCGAAACGCCGUGAAUGGCGACUACAUCAGCAACUCGCAGGUGCCCCCACGGCGAGUGUGGGACCUCUACAGUAAUCGCGUUCUGCCCUUCUAUGCUCGAGUUUACUAUUCGUCUCCUUCCGAGCGCUUCGAGGUUUGGACGGUGUCGCACAGCUGGGUCCACAAAAGCGCCUGCGCUGAGGUCUGGACCCCGAUCAAUGGCUACGAGUGGCCUGUCCUCCUCCCCAACGACACGACUCUCGACCACGUUCGAGUCGAGCUCCUCAACCUCGGCGCAGAGUAUGUCUGGCUGGACGUGCUGUGUCUGAGACAAAGAGGACGUCCGGAGGACGAGGAACAGAGGAAGGAAGAGUGGAAGCUCGAUGUCCCCACCAUUGGCCAUGUAUACUCCCUGGACAGGCCGUGCGUUACGUAUUUCAACGGCCUGGGCCUUCCUUUUGACCCGUCUCCACGAAUCCUGUCUUCCGAUCGCCACUGGUUUAACCGCGCCUGGACGGUACAAGAGGCCACUGACUAUUGGUUGCCUGGUGGGGCCACCGGGGAGGCGUCUGCAGACACGCGGCGUUUCUUCCGAGAAUACCUCCCGAAAUCCAUCCCGUACAGUGCUAGUCAUGAGUGGAAAUCCGACUACGUGACCUUUGCGGCCACGGUGAUUCAAGGGCGUCACUGUACCACAGAGCUCGAUAGGGUUCACGGCCUCGCAUACAUCCUGAACUGCAAGACAUUACCGAUUUACGAUGAAAGAAUGUCGCCGGACCUCGCCUGGGCUGCGCUUCUCAAGCACAUGAGCCCGCACACACGAUUCCAUGUCGCCUUGCGCCACGCAAGGUGUCAUCCGGCCAGCACCUCAUUACUGCCCUCGUGGUGGGACUUCAUGCAGCGCGAGCAGCAAGAUACUAUUCGUGCCUCGGAUUUUGUGCCCCCUUCGUCGGACCUGCGCCUUCUGCGCGACUCGCACCUUCACACGGAUGAGCCAGAAACCUACUACCAUACGACCACUGAUCUGUACGGCCCCGUUGGUAUCUACUGUGAGGGGAAGGAAGACGAGUUCGGCCAUGAGACACUCAAGCUCCAAACUGCAGGCGCAAGCGACGACCUCGAGUGCUAUGAGAUCCGAGAUUGCAAGAUCGGCGGUACACUUUUACAAGGCACAACUUAUGUCAUCUUGCGACUCUCUGAGAUGGUCUGGCUUGUUGUGGAGGUGAUCGGAGAGCGACAGAUUGAGAAAGGGACUGCGCUGGAGGUGGUUAAGCGAGGGUGUAUACUUUCUUCAUCCGACCGACUCCCAUACCUCCGAUGGUAUGAACGGUGGUACGUCGUGUAUAUUUCAGAGGAAGCCAGGAGGAAGAAAUAGGUAUUUAGCAAACUACACAGACCUUUCAGACAAUAUCCGUACAAUAGCUCCGUGGUAUCUGUCCGCCAGUCUGGUAUUUAGUCAUCACGGAUGAUAAACAUAGCACUGAAGUAUUUCAUGUGUUGGUGAGUAGUAACUUAGCACUCUAUAAACUGUUCAUUGUAUCGAG